UGUUGAUUUCUCUAUCGCGUCGUUGCAGUGUUGUGGGGCGGCGAUAAAGCUGUCACCAACGGCGACGCUGAUGAAUUGACUCCACUAGAGCCAUGAAGUUGGGUUGUUCAGAGCAGCGGAGAAAAUAUUAUCACUGGUAGAGUUCUAAACAAGAAAACCCAGGACUUUGACAGAACAAACAUGGCGGACGAUCAAGGACAGCAAAAGAGAGGGAAGAGUGGGUUACACCGCCAAACCUCGAGUAUGUCAAGGACGUCUUGCCACUCACGUUCUAGUUCUUGUGUGUCCAGCAGUUCGAAAGAAGGCUCCGCUAAAAAGACAAAUGGCAACAUCUCGCGUGAAUUGACGAGAACUGACACACAAAUUAAUAUCAAGGGUAAGGGCACCAAAACGGCUACCCUGUAUCUGAGUCAGAGCCAUUCUAAAGUCAAGCUUCCAAACUCCGCGGAGAGGCCUCGCGGCAUCAUCCGGCAGAAGACAUCAUCUGACACGUCACAGCAGACGACAGGCACCAGGUCGAGACAGACGACAUUCGUGUCCCAAGACAAUGGAUUUUCAGAACCACCAAAAAUCAAGAAAGACCUAAAACGUGAAUUUACUUUCACCGGAUAUGACAUCAUGGAGGAUUGUGACCCUCCUGCACCGCUGCCUACCGACCCGGAUGAGAUCGAGAGGCACGGCUACGUGAACGUCUACAUUAACGCCUGCAAGUCUCUUGGCAUCACGCCUGUGACGUUAAUCGUGAACAGCCUCAUGGCGCCGAAACUAGUAAUGCGCAGUCGCUCGGUUGGCUCAAAGGCGGCACGAGCUAUCUUCAUAGCUCUUGUGGGUAAUCAACGUAUCUGUGGCCUUGACCUUGAAGAUAAUUGGCUUGGUGCAGAGGGUGCUAGCGCGAUCGCAGAACUCCUUCCGCAGAAUAAUCUCAUUACAGAAAUAAACAUAUCUGAGAACCGCAUAGGAGGUGACGGGAUCCGAGCACUGGCCGCCGUCAUGCAAGAUAAUCAGACUGUUCGGAAGCUCAACAUAUCAGGAAGUGAACUUUACGAUCACGAUGCGAAGUAUUUGGCGGAAAUAAUUGAGAAUAACGUGUGGCUGCGGGAACUACGGGCCAGUCAUAACAAGUUUGGAGAGGUCGGGGGUCUUUAUCUGGGGCCCGCUAUAGCUAACAAUGACACUCUCGAGAUACUGGACCUCAGCUGGAACCAUCUACGGAGGCAGGGAGCACAAGCUGUAGCAGCAGGAUUAGAGGAUAAUGGCGGACUGCUGAUACUGGACCUGUCAUGGAACGGGUUGUCCCGGGCUGGGUGCCGCACCCUCGGGCUCUCCCUGGCUGAGAACUACACCCUCGAGCAGCUGGAUCUCACGUGCAACCGGGUGGACGCAAUAGCUGUGGGCAGUCUGUUGGAGGGGCUGCGGUGGAACGAGUCCCUCGUCACACUCAAGCUGGGUCAAAACCCAAUCACCCCGGACGUAGCUCUGCUGAUCCUCAAGACAAUAGAGAAAGCUCCUAACAGCGUCCUGAGGGAGCUCGAUCUGACGGACGUUGUGGUGGACGAGGAGUUUGUGACGUCGCUGAAGAAGAUGCAGCAGAAGCGUGUACUCCGGGCCAGGACGGGGCCGAUAAUCAACAAAGGGGAGGGAAUUCUCGCUCAGGACGCCGGAACAUUCCUCACCAACAACCCCAUGAAGGCCAUGUUCGACUUCAUGAACGAGCGCGGUUACCGUGUCAUCGACUUGUUCAAGCGGUACGACAACGACAACACCCACACCGUCUCCACACAGGACUUCACCAAGGGGCUACUGAACGUCCACCUGCCUCUGACUGUUGGUCAGCUGGAGGAACUGGUCAACGAGCUGGACUCGGACAAAGACGGCAAGAUCGAGCUCAGGGAUCUGACGGAAGCUGAAACGAAUCACAGACGUAAGAUGUUCCGCCGGAAGCAAAAGAUGGCACUGAAAGAGACGAGCAACAAACAAAGGACGAAAACGCAGAAAGCCAAGAAUAGAAAGAAGCGAACUCUUGAAGCCAUCCCAGAUGUUGAUAGCGUCUGAUCAUUAUUUGUUGCAUCUAUAUUUCAUUGUUUUUCAUUAUCUUUGAGGUUCCUGAGAUAUGUACGUCAUACCUCUGUGAUGGACAGUCGCAUGUUGCAGGCUUGCUUUGAUAGGUCAACAGAACAGCAUCGUCAAUACAUAGGGUAUUUGCUUAUACUAGUUCCUCUAUCGUCGCUUGUCGUAAGAGGCGACUAACGGGAUCGGGUGGUCAGACUCGUUGACUUGGUUGACACGUCAUCGUAUCCUUAUUGCAUAGAUCGAUGCUCAUGCU